CUACUCUCUGUUUUAGCGCACUAGUCAACUUUGACCUUGCCCUUAGGAGUGUUGGUAAGGCUGAAAUCUAAAGUCUUCUCACAAGAUUACUCCUAAUUAUUUGCUUACAUAACCCCUAAAAAGAUUUUUAACUGAAUUUUUUCAUUUAAUGCAACUGGGAACAGCUGUCUCUUCUAUAUAACUUAAUAUCCGGGAUUUUGUUGCGUAGAAAUUUUAUUUAUUGGUAGAAGCGAUACUUUUGUAAACUCAGAGUAAUCGUACAAGUCCACUACAACAAGAAUUUUACGACUAUUAUUAUGGAUCCCGCAUUUAUAACGAGGUUAAACAACAUAGCGGAAAAAUAUAAUUAUGAAUUUCGUGAUUGUGACAUAGUGGAUUUAACGGAAUUUUCAGUCACUAAAACAGGAGACUUUCUAGCAUCAUUACCAGAUAGCAUGUUACCAGAUGAUGAAAACGACUGUGAUGUUGAAAACAUUCAACCCUCUAUUACUGGAACAGGGUCUUCUACAAAUACUACUAUUACCAGCAUAUUCACUGAUACAGAAAAGGAAGAAAAAGAAGGAACGAAGGAGGAAGUGGGAAUUGAAAGUCCGUUGGUGAAUGAAAAUUCCAAAAUGGAUUUUAAGAGUGUGAAAGCUGCUUUAUCUUCAUUAGAGAGGUCAGUAUCUUCCUGGGAAGAACGAAGAUUCCGUCCAGUUAAUAUGUCAAACUCAUAUAUGAGCAAUAGUAGUAGCAGUAGUAGAAUGAGUUGUACUUCAGCAUUCAGAAAUCACUCUCGAGAUACAAUACCAUGUAUGAAAUCCAGAAGUAUCCAUCGUGUUAAAAGAAUUUCACACGUGGAUAAAUGGAAAUCUCCUGUUCAAAUUUCAGCUUCAAAACAACGUGUAAUUGAAUGGUUAAAACACCAGGAAUCUUUUAUGUCACAAUUUAUACUGUGAUUGGUUAAAUGUAACAGAUGUUUGUAGGAUAUUGGAGCGUAGUUCAUCUUAUUUUCAAAUAUUCUUGGGGAAAUUUCCUCCCUGUUGUACAGAAGUUAUAUGACCAAAUAAAUAGUUUUCAAAUUA